AUGGCCGAACCCACGUCCACCCCGCGCAUCACGGCCCAGUACCUCGACAGCUACGUCGGCCGCAACGUCAUGCUUGUCGGCAAGGUCCUGCAGCUGCGCGGGGACUCUGCCGUCCUCGAUGCCGACGGCAACGUUACGGCCAUCCUCAACCGCGAUGUUCACCUCACCAAUGGCAACGCUGCCCAGAUCAUCGGCAAAGUCAACCCCGAUCUGUCCAUCAAAGUGCUUAGCUCCCGUGAUCUGGGACCCGAUGUUGACUUCCAACUCGCCGCCGCCGUCGUCGAGGCGACACACCAUCACAAGUCCCUCUUCGUCUUCGACAACUGA